AGUGAGAGCUCUGUAGAUCACUUUAGGUAUGGAUGGCCUUUUUUACCUCCUACAAUGUCUUUUGAUUGCAAAUGUUUUUGCCAAUAAAUUUACCGAUCCUCACACUUUGCCGGAUCGCAAAGUGAUGGUUCAACUUUUUGAAUGGAAGUGGACUGAUAUAGCACAAGAAUGUGAAAACUUUCUAUGGAAGUACGGUUACGGUGCCGUACAGGUAUCACCGCCUAAUGAACACAUCACACUGGAAUUAGACGGCAGCAUGCCAUGGUGGGUUAGAUACCAACCAGUCAGUUACAAAUUUGCAUCACGCAGUGGGACCAAUGACGAAUUUGUAGAUAUGGUCAAAAGAUGCAAUAAAGUGGGAGUGAGAAUUAUUGUUGACGCCGUCAUAAAUAACAUGGUAGGAGUAGGCCAAGUAAAAGGAGAGGAGGGUAGGGGCAGCAGUGGAAAUUCGAAUUUCACCGCUACCGAAGCAAUGAUGGAUUUUCCUCAGGUUCCGUACACGAAUUCGGAUUUUAACAAAUGUAAAAGGAACAUCACAGAGGAUUCUGAAGAAGAGGCAGGAGACUUGCGAAAUUGUCGACUAAAUGGAUGGCUCGAUUUGAAUCAGGAAGUCCCUAAUGUGCAAGAUAGAAUCAUCGAUUACUUGAACAGUCUUACAGGCGCAGGAGUUGCUGGAUUCAGAAUUGGGUCUUCAAGAUAUAUGUGGCCCAGAGACCUCGAAGUGAUCCAGAAAAGACUUAGCACGUUGAACAACGAUAUUUUUGGUUAUCCUGAGUACCCAUUCUUUGUUCAUGAAGUCAGUGAUCAAGACAAAAUAAUAGACUACUCGGAUUACAAGCACUUAGGAAGAUAUGUCAAUACAAGUUUCGGCAAUGAGAUUACGGCAGCGGUAAAACAAGAGCUCUUCCAAAAUUUGAAAAAUCUUGAUAUUGAACACACCGGAGACGACACAGUAGUCUUUAUUGACAGCCAUGAAACUCAGAGAAAAGAUGCGCUGUCAUAUAAGAAUGAGGAAGAGUACAAAACUGCUGUAGCGUUUAUGCUCGCUUGGCCGUACGGAUUUCCUAGAAUUAUGAGCAGCUACUUCUUUGAAACUUAUGACCAAGGACCACCAGUUCGUCAGGUUAAUAAGGCCAAGUUCAACAGCGACUUGACAUGUAGCAAGGAUUCUGGCUGGGUUUGUGAGCAUCGAUGGCCGGUGAUAAGAAAUAUGGUAAAGUUCCGGUCAAUGGUACAAGGAGUCGAACAUCAUGUGAACAUCUCGGAUUAUAAUCGUAUUGCUAUUACAUAUAAAGGAAAAGGCUUCUUUGCCAUUAAUGGAAAUGACUGGGUUUGGUGGACAGACUUCAACACGACCUUACCUGAAGGCAAAUACUGCGAUCUUUGGACUGGUUCCCUUGAAAAUGGAGAUUGCACAGGAGAAAAAAUUGUAGUCAGAGCAGAUGGAAUGUCUGAUAUAGAAAUUGACCGUAUAGUUGCCAUAUCUGAAGCGUCGAGAAUAGGAUAUGUGGAUCCCACAACGACCACUAAACCGACAACAACUACGCGCACAACAACAACGACGAAAACAACUACGACUACAAAAACAACAACUCCUACUACAACUACUACUACAACACCAACUCAGUGGAAAAGAACUGUGCUAAUGCUCCAAUAUGGCACGAAACCCGGGGAGUAUAUAUUCUUCCGAGGUGGAACUGCCCACAUGCACAAAGAGAGCUGUCCUCCGCAAGACAGGCUAACUCCAUGUGCAAUCCCCAUCAGACACACCAACAUGACUUUCAAAUCUCAUUACGCAAUUGACUGGUACUAUCCAUGGAGCUCUGGCGAUAAAUACCUUGACUGGGAGCCAGCUGAAAACGGGCAAGGAAAGCAUUAUGAAAGAGAGUCAUAUGGUACUCCCAGCGUAUACUCUGACAGUAAUCAGAACGCUAAGGAAUAUCAUAUAUACAAUAAAUAUGGCAGAGCAUUCUGGAUGGUAGUGUUGGAUAUGGAUUGCUCACAGACUGAAAAUGGAUGGUUCGAACUGAAGGGCUUCCGUACGUUCGGUAAUUGGGCAACUCAAUGGGAAAAUGAUAUUAGACAAAGUACUUGCGGUGGAAGUAUUGGAGGUCCACCACCGUUCCAGAGUAAAAAUCACAUUGCUAGAUGCGGAGCGCAGAACGUAUUCUACUGGGGCAGCAAUGGUUGUAUAAUUGAUGAAGUUCCUAGCUAUGAUCCGUAACAAAAAGCAAGGACUGUAAAUUCUCCGAUUGUGUGCUGCACGUUGUUUAUGUUAAGACCCCAAUAAAGUUGAUAGAAUAAGUGAC